AUGUCCUCCGACCCGUUCGAUGAUGAUCUCUUCGAUGACCUCGACACUUCCGCUCUUGAAGCUAUCGAAGCUCAAGCUAUCGCCGUCCAAUCCAGUCAAGCUCCUAAACGUCAUACCGAACGAUAUCACCACACAGUAGCUGUCCCCCGUAACUCUCCUGCAGCUCCAAUCCGACCUUCUAACCCCGCUAAGACUGGUGGACCAACUCCUAGACCCCUCAACACUGAACCACGGGCGGGUAAUACCGGUUUCGGAUGGGAAUUUGGUGGGAAGAGAAGUAUAGAUGGGAAUGUUGAACGACAUGUUCAAGCUGUUAAGGACAGACAAGUUUAUUGGAAUGGGAAAGAAGAAGAAAGUUAUCCUGAUAUCACUGUGAACGCUCAAGGACAAUAUGGAUUAGGACAAGGAUAUGGAGAAGAAGCUGAAGUUAUGGAUAGUCAUGCUAGACCUGUCAUGGAGAGUUUGACAGAGGUGAGGAAAGAGAAGGGAGGGAUCAAAGGUUCAGCAGCUAGAAGAGCAGCUAUCACUCUUGCUAGUCAGAACAGUCAAGGAUAUCGAGCUCAAUCAGAGGAAAUCUCUGUGCCUCCUCGAAUACCCUCUGUCGCCCCAGUGGAAGGAAGGAAUGAUAAUGAUACGGUUCAACCUUUACCGAAAUUCAACAAUAAUAGAUCUUUCUCUCGCUCGGUGUCAAUGGGUGCUCAAGUUUCCAAUCGUACUUUAUAUCAAAAUCAUAAUUCAUUGCACCCGACUAGAACACUAGCACCUAUACCCUCGCAGUCAUCUCAAGGAUCGAGUUCACAAAUGCCUGGUGGAUCACAAUCGGGAGCUCUUACUCGAAGGACAGCGUUAGAAUUGGAGGAAGAACGACGAAAACGGGAGAAAUUAGAGCAAGAAAUUCGUCUCUUACGCAAAACAGGGGAGAAAAGUCAACUCGCAUCUAGGGUGGAAGAACCCGUGGCGGAGAGUUCUAAAGAUGCUGAGAAAAGGAUGAAAGAACUUCAAGCGGAAUUAUGGAGAGCCAAGGGAGAAGCGGAGAGCGUUCGAAGAGCUCAAAGAGAUGAACAUGCUAAACAUCUCGCAGAGGCGGAAAGACUCAAAGCCCAAGUGGCUGAGAUGGAAGGUCGUUUAAGGGAAAGAGAAAAAGAAGCUGCUAGGCAAUUAGAAAGUGUUCGUACGCAGGCCAUCUUUAGUAAUCAUGCGGUACAUAAUUCUGCUGUUAAAAUGCGUCAAGCAUCACAAAGACCUAUGAUGCCUCCUCUUUCGCCCACCGCCAAUAGAAUAGCGUCCACUCCGUUCAGAGGAUCGCCGAGCAGGAGAGAAAGUUUAGCAGAGGUUACCCCAUUGAUCAAGACUCUGAAAGGAAAAAUGAUACCUCCCCCGCCCAAAUUCGAGCAUCUCAACAAUGCAUUCGUCGUUGCUCCAUCACUUGGUACAGGUAAAAAGCGUGCACGGAAUGAAACUGUCUCCCCACCUGCUUCUCCUACUCGUCCACCCGCCAGUUUCUCCGCUGCUCCGAGAGACCAAACGCCGCUAUUUUCCCCGAAUAAAAGUCAAAUACCAGGAUCUUCCCUUCCUCAACAGGCAGAUGAUGGUAUGGAACUAGACCCACCGGAGGCGUUACCACCUGAAGAAGUUGAAGUUGAAACGGGAGAGUUUCCCAUUGUCGAGGAUCCCAUUGAGCUUCGAGCAGAAUUGAUACAUCAUCUCUUCAGUCAUAUCCCACUAUCCACGAUUCAAUUUGAAAUGCAUUAUACUCGAGAACCUACUAUAUUCCGGAUUUUGAACUAUCGUCAUAAACACCCAUCUACCACGGAAGACUUCUGGAACGCUCAAUGUUCAGCACUUCUGACCGUUUGUGGGGAUGGAAGUAUGCCAUUCGACGUACUUUGUGGAUCUGUUGGAUCGUGUUUGUUAGAACUGGCCGACUUGGCGUCUACUUUGAUCAUCCAAGAGGGGAGUGGGAUUGAAGAGAUCUGUGUCUUGAUCAACAUACUCAAUCUCCUUUCCUCCACAGCAUUCCUGUUUCCCCAUUUCUCAACAUUCUCCCCCACUCCCAAUGGCAUCACCAUCUCUUCCAUCCUCUCCAGAAUAUCCGGUUAUCUGGGCGAUACAUCACAAUGUCAAAAUAUCAAUUCUCGUCUGACUUCAGAACGUGCAGAAUCGGAGAAACUCGGACGUUGGGAAGCAUUGGAAGAUACGAUAGGAAUAUGGGAGAUAGAAUUGGCUCAGGGUUUGGUCAAUGUAGGGAUGGCUAUGAGUUGUUGGCCAGAUUAUCGAGGUGUUUGGUCAGGAGCAGAUUUAGUAGAUGUCAUCCUUGAUCUUUUAAGUCGACAUUUGGAUACUCAGAUUCAUGUGAUGGCAUUGGAUUUAUUUUAUUUGACAUCUCUCCAUAAAGACAAUCUCCGUCCCCUCAUCGCUACUUCGACAAAACAUAAACCAGAUCUUCAACCCCUUAUCGAUCGUUUAUCCCGAUGGCUCAUCUCUCCGACUCUCGAAAACCCCGAUGAAGCUUCAAAAUGGAGUGUGAAGGUCAUAAGGGGUUUAACAAUGAUGGCUAUAGCUGAUCCCGAUGCUGUGGUGUUGUUAGCGGAGAAAACGAUUUUGAUAGCUGCUCUGAUUUUGGUUUUAGGUAAGGAAGGAGGGAAAGUUUGGGGUGUCACGAUGGGUGGUGGAGUGAUAGAUUCUAUCAACCUCAUCUUACCCACUCUCACCCUGUUCCAUCAUUUAAUUUACCCACUUCCACUCCUCCCACGCACUCCAUCUCAACUCUCCAAACGUCAUUCAUGGCAAUCUCAACAACAAUCUCAAUUCCCAACUCAAAGCCGUCUCUCUCAACUUCCUCCAAACGCCUCUGGGGACUUUCAAAAACAAGGUGUGAACUUACCUCACCGACUACAAUUCUUAAGUGGGACGAAAGAAUUCAAUGGGUUACAACAUGUUUUCGUCAGUGCAUUAGGUAUGAUGGCUUAUGGUGAGACGGAUAUUGAUGAAUCUGAAGAUAUUUUGAGAGAAAUACAAUAUUUAAGUCAAGACUUACUCGAAUCAGUCGUAGAAGGACCGGAAGGUGAUGCGAUAUACGAACUUUAUACUGUUGAACCAGAAUCGAAUCGAGAUCGUUCACCUUCUUUACCUUCUUCUCAAUUAGAUCAUCGAGGGGUUUUGUUGGAUGAUUUGGAUGAUGAACGAGGGAUAGAGUAUGAAAAGGAUAGUAUGAGAAGGAAUGGGGAUGGGAUUGGAAGUGGGGGUGGAUUAGAUAGUAUGAAGAAAGGUGAUAUUUGGGAGGAGAGUAGGAAUAGAAAAGGUAAAGAAGUGAAAGAUGUUUGGGGAUCAGAUGAGAAGGAGUAUAAGGGGGUGAAAAGUGGGACGAUAAUAGAACCUAUUAUGGUUGAAGAUGAUGAGGAAAUGGAAGUUUUAGCAGAGAUGGGGUAUGAUGAUUGAUUCACCUUUCACUCGGUGGAUCUGAUGUCCGGGUUAGAAGCAAUACAAAUAUAGUAGAUGAUGCAAUAUGGGCGUGUAACACAAUCUGUUGGUC